GUUUGGUACAUGGAGGUUUUGUAUUCCACACGUGUUUUUUGGCGCCCGAUUUGGUGACGGUGGCACGAACUUCAUUUGGUCCGAUUUGGUGUGCCGUGUUUUUCUGCUGUCUCCAAGACUAAUGCUCCCUACCUCCUGUGGCAAAUCAGAAGCCAUUGUGGCAUUCCAGCUGUCAAGCAACUGCAGAUGGUGCAGUCAUAUCAAGGAUAUUGCCACGGCUGUAACUCCUCUGCCCAUGAGACGGAUAAAAGUGAUCUGAAGCACGCACCACAAUCCAUACGAGCCAGCAUCUGUUUGAAUUCCAUUUCUGCCUUUGGAGCUUCUCAAAAACGUUCAAGCUGAAGCAACCCUGCAACCCACACAGGCAAGAGGCCAUUUGAGUGCCCUUUAUACCCUCAGAGCUUCGCCAAAAGGUUAAUCUGAAGCAACACCUGCGCAUCUACACAGGGGAGAUGCCAUUUAAUUGUCCAUUAUGCCCACAGAGCUUUUCAAAAAAGUCCACACUGAAAACUCACGUACUCACCCACACACGCGAGAAGCCAUUUCAGUGCCCUUCAUGCCCUCAGAGCUUCUCACAAAAAAGUCUGCUGAACCGACACCUGCGCACCCACACAGGCGACAGGCCAUUUCAGUGCCCUUCAUGCCUUCGGAGCUUUUCACAUAAGAAUCAUUUUAACCAACACUUGCGUACCCACACAGGCGAGAGGCCAUUUCAGUGCCCUUCAUGCCCUCGGAGCUUCUCGCACAAGUAUACACUGAAGAAUCACGUGCACACCCACACAGGCGAGAGGCCAUUUCAGUGCCCUUCAUGCCCUCGGAGCUUCUCGCACAAGUAUACACUGAAGAAUCACGUGCGCACCCACACAGGCGAGAGGCCAUUUCAAUGCCCUUCAUGCCCUCAGAGCUGCUCGAGCAAGUCUACUCUGUGGAAUCACUUGCGCACCCACACAGGCGAGAGGCCAUUUCAGUGCCCUUCAUGCCCUAAGAGCUUCACACAAAGGAGUAAUGUUGACCAACACCUGCGCACUCACACAGGCGAGAGGCCAUUUCAAUGCCCUUCAUGCCCUCGGAGCUUCUCGGGCAAGUCUGCACUGAAGAAUCACAUGUGCACCCACACAGGCGAGAGGCCAUUUUCGUGCCCUUCAUGCCCUCGGAGCUUCUCGGAGAAGUCUACACUGAGGAAUCACGUGCGCACCCACACAGGCGAGAGGCCAUUUCAGUGCCCUGCAUGCCCUCACAGCUUCUCACAAAAGGGUAAUCUGAACCGACAUCUGCGCACCCACACAGGCGAGAGGCCAUUUCAAUGCCCUUCAUGCCCUCAGAGCUGCGCAGAGAAGUCUACACUGAAAAAGCACAUGCGCACUCACACAGGCGAGAGACCAUUUCAGUGCCCUGCAUGCCCUCAGAGCUUCUCUCAAAAGAGCAAUCUGAACCAACACCUGCGCACCCACAAAGGCGAGAGACCAUUGCAGUGCUUUUCAUGCCCUGAAAGCUUCUCGAACAAGUCUAACUGAAGAAUCGUGCGCACCCACACAGGCGAGAGGCCAUUUGAGUGCCCUUCAUGUCCUUGGAGCUUCGUAGACAAGUCCACACUGAAGAAUCACGUGCGCAUCCACACAGGCGAGAGGCCAUUUCAGUGCCCUUGGGGAUUCUCAGACAAGUCCACACUAAAGAAGCAUGUGCAUAUCCACUCAGGCUAGAGGCCAUUUCAUUGCCCUGCAUGCUCUCAGAGCUUCUCACAAAAGAGUAUAUUCAACAGAUACCUGCGCACCCACACAGGCGAUUUACCACUUCAGUGCCCUUCAUGCCUUCGAAGCUUCUCACAACUGUCUGCCCUAAAGGUUUACCUGCGUAUCCACUAAUGUGAGAGGCUGUUUCAAUGCACUUUGUGUCCUCAGAGCUUUUUGGACAAGUCCACACUGAAAAAUCAUGUGCACAUCCACACAAGCGAGAAGCCAUUUCAUUGCCUUACAUGCCCUCAAAGCUUCUCACGAAAGAGUACUUUGAACCGACACCUGCCCGCCCACAUUGGUGAGAUGCCAUUUCAAUACCCUUUGUGCCCUUGAAGCUUCUCACGAAAGUGCACUGAAAAGGAUUGCCUGCACAUCCCAUAAUGUGAGAGGCUGUUUCAGUGGUUUUAAUACUUUCAAAAAGCUUGGUAAUGUACAGGUCCCCAAGCCAGUGCACACGAGAGAUUGUUGAAGCAGAAAAAAUCCAGUGUUAACAGGGUUCAUGUGCAAAGGUCGCGUAGGUGCAUCUUUUGCCAAGAGUGGACUUUCUCAAGUACACUUGCUGAGUUGUGACUUAUUAUUUCUUGGUUUUCAUGUUUUUCUUAGUUCUUUCAUGGAAUCCCACUGUAUAUAUACGUGUUAUUUCUCUUAAUAAAAUGCUUUGAAGGUA